AUGACCUGCUGGAAGGCAAACUACGUCAAUUUAUUUGUUCUCGCAGCAGUCUUGUUUGUUUCAAGCGAAAAGGUGCCUAAGUACCCCAGCUACAAGAAGGUCUUGGGGCAGGUAGCAAAUUCUCUCGCUGUUCCGCAAAUAAGAAAUGUCUCGUCGAAGACUCAUUUUGAAGUCUGUGCUGAUGAGGGAGAAGAGAUAUUCUACUGUCCUCUGGAUGAAAUAUGCUGCACGCCAGGGGAUCCAGCAAGUAGAUGUUGCCCGGCAGAGUAUCCACUUUGCUUACCCAGGGGAAACCCAGAAAAAUGCUGCCCAGUAGGAUACCCAACGUUAUGUGGCCUAUAUUGUUGCAAGGAAGGCAGCUUUUGCUGUAAUGGGAUGGACUGUUGUGAUAGUAUAGGCGCUUGUUGUGGGGCUCGGUGUUGCGAAAAUGGUGAAUUUUGCUGCAAUGGCAUAAGCUGUUGUGAUAGUGUAGGUGCUUGUUGUGGGGUUCAGUGUUGCGAGUUUGGCGAAUUUUGCUGCAAUGGCAUAAGCUGUUGUGAUAGUGUAGACGCCUGUUGUGGGGCUCAGUGCUGCCCAGAAGAUGCCUCUUGCUGUAAGCAGGAUGGAUCCUCAGCAUGCUGCGACAAAGUUACCAUGGGCUGUUGUGACGGAUACGGAUGUGUUCAUCCUUGCCCAUCCCAGUUUGAUGCCUUAGGUUGCCAACUGUCAAGCCCGUUUCUUGAUAAUAACCAUUUGGAUACACUAUAUACAUCGACAAAAAACGUUUAUCGAAUACUGCGCCCAGACGAAAAUCCUGAUGGAAUUGUCUCAAGAAAUCCAGUUGCCGAGAAAAGUGUUCUCUCGCAUGUUAAUUGCGGAAGUCGGUCAAAUUACGCCUCGCAGUUUAUAUCAACAUCAGCAUCCUUAGACGUGGCCAAGGACUACAAAGAAAAAGGUGAGAAAAAAGGUCUAACUGGAUUGAGAAUUUGUGAAUUUCAAGUGGAUAAACUGCCCCAGCCUUGCCGGAUGGUGGACCUUACAACGGAGAAGAACCGAGACAAGUACCUGGGAAACGCUCUGAGCAAAACCUAUGCCAAGGUAUCGUCGGAGAUUCUUCUCCAAUGUGAUGUGCCACUUCCCUGUACGGUUAUUGAUCCCCCAACCGAGCGUGAGACGAAGAAGUUUGCAGAUACUCCAUUUGAACUUUAG